AUGAAGAAGGCCACGGAGCCCCUGGAACGGAGCCUCCCGGCCAUCGCCUCCAUCAGCACCUCCUUUUCCCAGAGCCAGGGCUUCUCUCCCUGCUGGCACUUCUCCCCGGACAAGAGGAAGGCCAUCUCGGACGUGAGGAGGACCUUCUGCCUCUUCGUCACCUUCGACCUGCUCUUCAUCUCCCUGCUGUGGAUCAUUGAGCUGAAUACCAAGGAUGGCAUUCAGAAGAACUUGAGGAACGAAAUCAUCGAGUACAAAUUUAAGACUUCUUUCUUUGACAUAUUUGUCUUGGCUUUCUUUCGCUUUUCUGUGUUGCUGCUGGCCUAUGCGAUCCUCAGACUGCGCCACUGGUGGGUCAUAGCGGUCACCACGCUGGUAUCCAGUGCUUUCCUGAUCGUGAAGGUCAUCCUCUCAGAGCUUCUGACCAAAGGGGCUUUCGGCUAUUUACUUCCCAUCGUCUCGUUUGUCAUUGCCUGGCUAGAGACCUGGUUCCUGGAUUUUAAAGUCCUAACUCAGGAAGCUGAGGAGGAACGAUGGUACCUGGCAGCCCAGGCGGCCGCGCGGGGCCCCCUGCUCUACCCGGGAGCCCUUUCCGAGGGGCAGUUCUACUCCCCGCCGGAGUCGUUCGCAGGGUCGGACGAGUCGGAUGAGGAAGGCGCAGCGAGGAAGGCCCUGACAGCCCAGGAGAAAGAAUAUGUCCGGCAAGGAAAAGAAGCGAUGGAAGUUGUGGACCAAAUCCUAGCCCAGGAGGAGAACUGGAAGUUCGAGAAAAACAAUGAGUUCGGGGAUGUUGUUUACACUUUUGAGAUACCUUUCCAUGGCAAGACCUUUAUUUUAAAGGCUUUCCUGCAGUGCUCUGCUGAAACAGUUUACCAGGAGGUUAUUCUCCAGCCCGAGAAGAUGAUCCUGUGGAACAGAACGGUGGCAGCCUGCCAGGUGAGCGUGCCGGACAAAGAUGGCUUAAUCACAGGNNACGCCGUGGCAGCCGGGACCGCGGGCGGCGUCGUCUCCCCCAGGGACUUCGUGAACGUGCGGCGCAUCGAGAGGAGGAGGGACAGGUACAUUUCCUCAGGGAUAUCGACCACGCACAGCCUGAAGCCUCCGCUCUCCAAAUACGUCAGGGGUGAGAACGGCCCCGGAGGCUUCAUCGUGCUCAAGUGCCCGAGCAACCCCCGGGUCUGCACGUUCAUCUGGAUCCUCAACACGGACCUGAAGGUAACGCGGCUUCCCGGCAGGACCC